GUUUGGUGCAGGAAAUUGGGCAGAGACGCUGGACAGCACAGCACAGGGCAGGACUGAGGGAAGCACGCUGGGGCCUGGCAGUCCGACCCACUGAGAGCAGACGCUGGGGGAUGACGAAUGGCCCCGGGCCGGGGGGCACGAGGGACGCUGCAGCGGGCAGAGACACCUGGAAGCGCAGGGAGGUUCAGGGCCCUGGGCCGCUGUUUGCUGCAGGUGGUCAGUGGGUGUCUGGGCGGGUUGGUGGGUGCGUUGAGGGCCUCUCUGAAUGGGGGCCGGGAUCAAAUGCAGGCAGGAAUGAACGGCGACUUCUCCGUACAACCCGUCAACUUCAGAAGACCAAGAAAGAAGAAGAAAAGAAAAACUUGACAGCAACCAACGUUCACGCACAUCAAGCCAACGUUCCGUCGGACUUGCAACCUCGUGCAAAUUUCGAAAUGACAGUGGCGGCACACAGCAAGCACAGCAAGCACAGCACGACCUGGAUCAACACGGCUUGGAUGACCAUGAUUGUUGGUACUACAUUUGAUGUUAACAUGAAUACAGUGGGCGGCCGCUCGGUACCCAGGUGGAGAUUUGAUUUGAUGCGGCAGAACACGACUUUUGAAGGACUUGGACGGACGGAGCGCCUGGAGGUUGAUGACAACAGGCACCACUGCGCUACUCCAGCACGCCAAACCGACCAAUCGACAACCCCGAGCAAUGGGUGCGACCGAGCAGAUCGAUGCGGAGCCCUGGUUCAGCUGGCUCGACCCGAGGCAGUGCUCGAACUUGUGAUGGAUGGGACGAUUCGACUCCAUCGUGGCCCCCCAGCCUGCGUGCCACGGCAGACGUGCAGCACCAAAGCAUGCACUCCGUCCUCCAGAUAUGUUCUGUCCGGCAGCGGUACCGACAGCCCCUGGAAGCAGCCCGGCGGAAGCGAGAGCAUGUUGAAUUGUGUCGUUGACUCGCAGGGACAAUGA